AUGGAAUUCACUCGCGAGCCCAAUCGACCAAUGAAGCAUGUCGACCGCAAAGCCCUGUACACCCGCCUAGAGGCGCGCAUCACGUACCUGCGAGACUUCCUGGACUUCAAUUCAAGUGACGUCGAGGCAUUGGUGGCAGGCUCCAAGUAUAUCAAGGCCCUGAUCCCUGCCGUGGUCAACAUCGUUUAUAAGAAACUUCUCGAGUCCGACAUCACCGCUCGUGCCUUCCACACUAGAGAUACCGCCGACGAUACCCCAGUUGAGGAGUUCUUCACAGAAGAAAGCCCCCAGAUCCAACGUCGCAAGAUGUUUUUGCGUUGGUACUUGAUUAAGCUGUGUUCCGACCCUUCCCAGAUGGAAUUCUGGCGGUACUUGAACAAAGUUGGAAUGAUGCACACUGCCCAGGAACGUCUGUACUCGCUCAACAUCGAAUACAUCCAUAUCGGCGCUUGCCUCGGAUUUAUUCAAGAUAUCUUCACCGAAGCCCUCAUGUCACAUCCUCACCUGUCUCUCCCUCGCAAGACCGCCCUGGUUCGCGCCAUCAGCAAAAUCAUCUGGAUCCAGAACGACCUCUUCGCCAAGUGGAGAAUCAGAGAUGGCGAGGAGUAUGCCGAUGAGAUGUCGGAGAUAAUGGUUGACGAAAAAGAAGGAUAUCUGGGUGAAAAGAAGAUCCUGGGCGAUAACAGCAGCACCUCUGCAAGCUCGAGUGAGGAUGACCGCUCAAGCAUUCACAGUGGCACGGUCCCUACUUCAACCCUGGCAUGCCCCUUCGCAGAUAUGGCGAAGCCGGCGUCGGAAACCAAGAUUUGGGCCGGGUCUAACUGA